ACGGUCACUUUUCUCGACUUGCCUAAAGGGAUUCGCAACACAAUCUACAGAGAAGUACUCGUUCUACUGCAUCCACUCUAUCUUUUCCAAGAGCCAGGUUCUCGAGUAGAGAGCUUUGCGCCUGAGAGGCCUAUGCGGUGGCUUGGAUUGCUCUCCUCUAACCAACAAAUAAACAAUGAAGCUAGAGCAUUGCUCUACAGAAUGAACCACUUCCAUCCAUGGAUAUCACGCAGCAACAAGUCGGCCUCCUGCAAUCCUUCUUAAACUGCAUUGGGCGUGCCAAUGCAGCUUCAAUAUCACAUCUUUGCAUCAACUUCCCGGUCGCAGACAGUAUAGAUGGCCAAUCAGGAACAGUCCGGCUUAGGGACGACUGCCUACGGAGUUUGAAGCUUCUCCAAGACCAGUGUUCCAAUUUAUCAACUCUAGAAACACUUGUCCACUACAAAAACUCCAGCUUCUUUAGAAAUUCAGACAAUUUUGUCCGAGAGGCAUUGUCACAAAUUGACGCCUAAUUACAAGUGAUCCCUUCACUAAAAAGGAUCAUUGUCAGAUUCAUAGACUAUAAUACAGUCCCAACGACUUCGGCAAAGGAAUUCGUACAAGAACUUGGAAGAGUAAUUAUGUCUGGCGGCUAAAUUCAGUCCUAGCGUUGGACAGUGGAAGGAAGAGGGGGUCAUAGUAUCUGUCUCAUUAGUGCGGUAUGAAAGAUUUG